GUUACUCAGCUCUACCUGAGCCCGCCUAAGCGUAGCCUAUGGAAAAAGUCCUUGAAAUUGCGGAGUUGCAUGCAUAACGGUAGCUCGAGGCAUUCACAAGAUAAGAACAUGGAAACACACAACCGCAGCAAAGAACCAGACUGCCAAACCUUCCAUUCGUAACUCGAACAAUGCUUUCCUUCCAUCUGUAGAAAUGUUCAUCCAUCCAAUGCCCUUCUCAGGAGUCCCUCGUAAUGUCAUCAUUCUCUCGCCUUUUCCGCCUUUUGGGCGACACCCGAAGCAUUCGCAAUGGCAUAGCACUCCACGCCAAGAUCAUCACGUCGCAAAUAUCACGAGAUAUUUACACAAACAAUCAUUUGCUGGCAAUGUACGUAAAAUUCAACCGCAUUGUUGAUGCACGUAAAGUAUUUGAUGGAAUGCCCGAAAGAAACGUCAUUUCGUGGACGGCGUUGAUUUCGGGAUAUUCUCAAAUGGGUAUGGCGGAAAAGGCCCUGGAUUGCUUGAGUUUGAUGGUUAGUGAUGGUUUGGAGCCAAACUAUUAUACUGUUGUCAGUGCUGUUUCGGCUUGUGCUAGUUUAGGUGAUGGUAGCGUUGGUAAGGAAGUUCAUGGACGGAUUUAUCGGAGUGGGGUGGAUUUUAGUACACCUGUUUGUAACAGUUUGAUUAAUAUGUAUGGAAAAUGUGGGUUGUUGAAGUCAGCUCAGCUGGUAUUUGAUGCUAUGUUGGAGCCGAAUUUGAUUUCUUGGACUUCACUUCUUUCUUGUUACUGUCAACAGGGAGAAAACAUGGAAAGUUUGAAGAUUUUCGUGCAGUCAAGAAGGGUGGGUGUGAGAGUUAAUGAGUUUACUUGUGCAAGUGUGCUGAGUGUGUGUGCAGGGUUGGAAGACUUGAAGGUUGGAAUGCAAAUACAUGGCUUGGUGGUCAAAUGUGGACUUGAGUUUGACAAAUUUGUUGAGACGGGAUUGAUAAGUUUUUAUACGAAGUGUGGAGAGUUGAUUUUGGCUGGUCAGGUGUUUUUGGAGGUAAAUCAGUCAAACGUGGCAGCUUGGACUUCAUUAAUUGGAGGGUAUGUCCAACAAGGCAGGAGAGAAGAAGCUAUUGAUCUUUUUCUUAAGCUACACUCUUCAGGGAUCAGGCCUAGUGAAAGAACAUUCUCUUCUGUACUUGGAGCUUGUGCUGAUGCAGAAGUUAUUGAAGUUGGGAAGCAGUUUCACUCUUUGAUCGCUAAAAUGGGAUAUGUUUCAUUUAUAUAUGUCGGAAAUGCAGUUCUGGAUUUUUACUCAAAAUGUGGGCUUCUUCAGGAAGCAUUGAGAACUUUUGAAGAUAUGGAUGGGCAUGAUAUGGUCUCAUGGAAUUCUUUGAUCUCUGGGCAUGUUGGGUCAGGUCAAUAUGAGGAUGCCAUUGAACUCCUAAAAGAAAUGUUAUUUCAAGGAUAUAAACCCAAUCUUUACACAUAUUCUAGCAUUUUGAAUAUCUGUAGUGAUGUCCCAGCUAUCGAAUGGGGAAAGCAGACACAUUGCUGUAUUAUAAAACCUGCAUUUGAUUCUAAUGUCGUUGUUGGAAGUGCCCUCAUAGAUAUGUAUGCAAAGUGUGGGGUACUGAAUGCUGCUCGAAAAGUUUUUGAUUAUCUAACUUCAAAAAAUUUGGUUUCUUGGAAUACUAUGCUUGUAGGAUAUGCUCAACAUGGAUUUGCGAGAGAAGCACUGGAGAUCUAUUGCAUGAUGCAGAGAGAUGAUGUCAAACCUAAUGAUGUUACAUUCGUUGGGGUAUUAUCUGCCUGUGCACAUGCAGGUCUCUCAGAGGAGGGAUUGCACUACUAUAAUUCCAUGAUCAGGGAUCACAGUAUUGCUCCAAAGAUGGAGCAUCUAGCUUCUAUUGUCAAUCUUCUUGCUCGUAAAGGGGCAACUAGAAGAGCUUAUGAUUUUAUAAGGAGUUUCCCUACUGAGCCAAGCAAGGUGGUCUGGCGAUGUCUUUUGUCAGGCUGCAAAUCUCACAAGGACCUAGUCUUAGGAAGAUUUGCCGUGGAGAAAAUUUUGAGUAUUGAUCCGGAAGAUACUUCAGCUUAUAUUAUGCUAUCAAACAUUUAUGCAGAGGCCAAAAUGUGGGAUGAAACAGCACAAUUGAGAAAAAUUAUGAAGGAGAAAGCAAUGAAGAAAGAUACAGGAUAUACCUGGAUUGAAUUGAAGAACAAGGUGUAUUCUUUUUCUGCAAGUCAUUUUACAAAAUUUCAAAGAAUUGACCUAACUGAAGUUUUGAACCAAUUGACACUCCAUUUGUUCAAUGCAGGAUAUUUGCCUGAUGACUUGUUAUGUUUUCACAGUGAGAAGUGAACUGAGAAUGUGAAUGGAUAAUAGUUUGUUGUAACAGCAUUAUUUCGUUCUGUCAGC